CCUUCUUGGACAACCACCUACCCCAACAUCCUACCCAUUCUUUUUCUCUCUCACUCACACAACCCACUCAGUAGAAAAAGCUAUUCCACUAAGCCCAUUUGAUGAAAUCGACUUUUUUUAUCUUUUUGCUCACUGUCUACAUCUUUUGUCAGACAACAUAAUUCUAUCUACUCCAUGCCAACUUCUUUGUGUUUUAACAGCAAAACCUAUUUUAGUCAAUCUGAAUCCCUCUUGUUCCAAGAACAACCUCAAAAAGAAUAACUAGGAAACAAAUUAAAACACAACCCCACUACUCCAUUCCUUCUUCCCAUCGAUUCCACCAAAAGAAAAUUAUAUUUUUACUCAAUCAGAUUCUUCUCUCUCUAAUUAUACUUCUUGCGUUUGUACUAAUUAAAAACCUGGCAAAACUCCAACUUGAAGAUCCUCAAUUUCCCCCACCACUUCUUAAUUAGUGUUAAAAACACAACCAACCCACUGAAGAGAAUCAAACAAAGGUCCAAUUUUUUUUUUUGGAUGUGGGUCUUUUGAUUAGAUGGAUACUUUGUUUAGACUAGUAAGUCUUCAAUCUGAUCAGUCUUUGAAUUAUUCGAGCAGAACUUCCAGCAGUUCUAGAUCUUCUAGACAAAACCCUUAUCUCCAAGAUCAAGAAGAAGGAUGCUUCAACGUUUUCAUGGAUGAAGAAGACUUUUCUUCUUCUUCUUCGAGACACUAUCAUCCCUUUCAACAACAGCAGACUUCAAACACUCCCACACCCACCACUACCAACACUAGCGGUGGCGCCGCCACUCCAACUCAUCAUCAUCUUUCUAGUUAUGAUCAAUCAGCUGAUCAAUUCUCUUCCUCUUUGGAAAAUGACAUAAGCCUAGAAUUUGCAUCAUCAUUCUCUGGUAAUAACAGCAAGUGGGCUUCUGACAUCCUCCUUGAGACUGCAAAAGCCAUUGCUCAUAGGAACAGUGCUCGUGUUCAGCAGCUUAUGUGGAUGCUCAAUGAACUCGGUUCACCCUAUGGCGACAUCGAUCAAAGGCUUGCUUCUUACUUUCUACAAGCAUUAUUUAGCCGCAUGACCGACUCCGGUGAUCGUACUUGUCGCACUUUGAUCUCAGCUUCCCAGAAGAAUUGCUCUUUUGAAUCCACAAGAAAAAUGGUUUUGAAAUUCCAGGAGGUGAGUCCUUGGACCAUGUUUGGUCAUGUUGCUAGUAAUGGUGCAAUUUUGGAAGCUCUAGAUGGAGAAACCAAGUUACAUAUAAUUGAUAUAAGCAACACAUAUUGCACACAGUGGCCUACUUUGCUUGAAGCCCUAGCCACUCGCACAGAUGAAACCCCUCACUUGCGACUGACGACGGUGGUGGCCGGGAAAGGUGGAGACACCACCGGAGGUACGGCUGCAGUACAAAAGGUGAUGAAAGAGAUAGGAAGUAGGAUGGAAAAGUUUGCUAGACUUAUGGGCGUGCCCUUUAAAUUCAAUGUCAUACACCAUGCAGGCGAUUUAUCUGAACUGAACCUAGCUGAAAUUGAUAUCAGAGAAGAUGAAGCACUUGCAAUAAAUUGUGUAGGUGCCUUACGUACCGUUACAACAAUUGGUAAUCGUAGGGACGUUUUGAUGUCUAUGUUUAGAAGAUUAUCACCUCGAAUUGUCACUGUAAUUGAAGAAGAAGCCGAUCUUGAUAUAGGUGCUGAUGGUUUAGAAUUUGUUCGGGGAUUUGAAGAAUGUUUAAGAUGGUUUAGAGUUUACUUUGAGUCAUUAGACGAAAGUUUCCCAAAAACGAGUAAUGAACGUUUGAUGCUGGAGAGGGCCGCCGGGCGCGCGGUGGUUGACCUGGUGGCUUGCUCGCCGGCCGAGUCAAUAGAGCGGUGGGAGACUGCCGCGCGCUGGUCAAAUCGUCUACAUGCCGGGGGAUAUAGCCCAGUUUCAUUCAGUGAUGAGGUGUGUGAUGAUGUACGCGCUUUGUUGAGGAGGUACAGGGAGGGUUGGUCAAUGGCACAGAGCUCAGAUUCCGCCGGAAUAUUCCUUUCGUGGAAGGAUCAGCCAGUGGUGUGGGCUAGCGCAUGGAGGCCGGUUUGAUUAUGACUUGCACAAUUCAAAUGGUUUACGUGUAUGACGUGUGUUGCGGGAUUUUGGCAAAAUGCAUGGGAUUUGAUUAGUUUUGAUUAGUUGAUGAAUUAAUUUGUUGAAAGGAGGAUAGCACAAAAGGUAUUAUUGUUUGUUUUCUUUCAAUUCAUUAGAAUUUCAAGUAACAAAUCUUAUUGUACUUUUUUUUUGUUAUCUUGAAUGUUGGAUUUGGUAUGUGAAUUUUGUCGAAGGAUCACAUGACUUGUUUGCCACGACAUACUAUGUAAUAUUCGAUAUAUUAAUGCCAAAAGAAUUUUAAAUUA